ACGAAACACCAAAUGCAGCAGCAUGGAAAACCCAGCAACCCAGAGAUCAGGACUGGUGCAAGUAACCAGAAGUUUGUCUAUACUUAACAUGAGUGGAGUGACAACUUGGCUCAGAAAAUGAGCCCCGUCGGAGGAGACGCACAGGAGCUCGAUGACUCUGACCUGUUCAGAUCCCGCAGGCGAGAACUAUGGCGCCCGGAGGCUGGACCUGCUUCCUAACUGCACUCCUGUCUCUGGCGUGGGCUGCGGGUCACGGCCACCAGGGGGAAGCAGACACCUACCACGUGAGUGCCGGUCACUUGUUUCUGCUGAGUUGCCAGAUUGCUGACGCUCAUUCCGAGAUAAAGUGGAGCAGAGGGGACGGAGGCGAUGGGAGCCUCCCCGCUGGGGUGGAGGUCAGAGACGGGUCGCUGUGGUUUCUACCCGUGCAGAUGACUCACAGUGGAAGCUACGUGUGUGAAAAAAGGAAUAAAAUGAAACCAUCAAAAGGACGAUUUAGAGUUUUAGUGUCCGGGUCGAGCUGUCCUGAUCCAAGUGAAGAGAUUUUGGCUACAAAGGAAACAAGUGAAGGUCUUCCGUGCAAACAGAACGAGAUCUUCAGACUGAAUCUCCCAAGGAAAAUACGAUGGACGAAGGACUGUCAGCAGGUGCAGUCGGAUGGAGACCCCGUCCAUCCGAACACAAACGGCCUCAUGAGGCUGGCGGACGUUUCGGAGGCAGAUGCAGGAAAGUACACGUGCCACGUGGACGUUACUGUAGACGGCCGGAAUUACACCGCAGCACGCAGCGUCCAGAUGACUGUCAAAAAUGGCACUCCGGAGCUCUUUCCAGAGAUUCAUGUUGUGAGGCCCAAAAACGAGGUGGUCAUAGUUGAAGUGGGUAAGAGAGCAGAGCUGCACUGUAAGGCCUACACCGGCUUCAGUGAGGACGAAGAGAUUUUCAUGUACUGGACCAUCAACGGGACAUACUCUAGCGACAUCAGUGGGCUGGUCGAGUCCUGGAAAUUUAUCCAUGAAAGAGGCAAAGUAUUUGGUGAGUCCACUCUGUCCAUCGCCGCAGUUCGAAACGAGUUCCUGAACAUCCCCAUCCAUUGCCACAUCUCAAGCCCGGUGGAAGUGAAGGUCGGGGAGGCCCGGCUCCAAGAAGCUGACCCAACUGAGCGCAACACGUUCUACAUGAUCGUGUCUCUCUGGCUCUCUGCCCUCUUUACCAUCCUGAUCCUGACGGCCUUCGUCCUCGUCUGCAAAGUCAACCUCUUCUUAGCGUACAGGGCACUGAAGACAGUGUUUUCCAAACAAGUUCCAGAUGGGAAACUUUACGACGCCUACGUGAGUGUCGGUCAGUCGGCCAUGCUGAGUUUGGACGGCGUGGCCUGCUUUGCCCUGCGCGUCCUGCCAGAGGAGCUGGAGCAGAAACACGGCUACUCCCUGUACAUCAGAGGACGGGACGACCGCCCUGGAGAAGCGAUCCACGACGUCAUCUCUGCCGCGGUGCGCCAAUGCCGCCGACUGCUUAUCGUCUUGUCGUCUGCCGGUAAAUCAAAGGAGACGGCGCAGUUCUGGGAGAAUCCCAACCAGCUCACGUACGAGCAGAAAGUGGGUCUUCAUGACGCUUUGAUGCGAAACGAUCCUAAAGUUAUUCUGGUGGAAGUCGACGGUCCGGUGGAUUACAGUCAGCUGCCGGAGUCACUGCGCUACAUCAAGCGGACACAAGGAGCUCUGGAGUGGAAAAGCUCGUUUGUUGAAACCAACAAACUGACUCAGAUGUACUUGAAAAGCAACUUUUGGAAGAGCCUGCGCCGUCACAUGCCAGCCGCACCUGCAAGGAGGCCGCAGAGCAUCGCUUGAAGCGGUGAACGUACUUUGAUUUGUCCGGAAGGCUUAAAGAUGGCAUCCAUCAGAAUCUUCAGUUGUCAGAAGUCUCUGUCCUGAAGCCGUCCACACGCGGGGACUAAACAACCUAUGCUUUUAUAAAGUGAAGAACAUUUCCUGAGCUGAGCUGUGUUACUUUCCUUGUCUUUGGUGUUGUUUUGAAGCAUCUCAGAUUUCUUUGACUCGAGCUGAUUCAGUUUGUAGGGCUCCAUGAAAGCUCUUUCUAUACUUGUUCCCAAACUCAAAUCUCUGGCCAAUGAAGUCCAGAGAUUUGAGUUCCUCUUCACAAAUCGAAGUGAAUAACAAAAAUUAUAACGGAGCACUUUUACAAUGAACAGCAUGCCAGUUGCAAGGAUUUCUUGACAAUAUUUUGGUAGUUAAUGCUUUUUGUGUUGCUAACUAGCUCAAACUGUCGCACACGGCGAACUACCAGCUACUGCACAGUUUUUAUGCAAACUCUGUUACACUUAAUUGCUUCAGAAGAUGAAACGCAUUCAUUAAGAUAAGUUGAUACAUUUUAAAUAAUCAGUUUUAUUUUUUUUUUAAAGAAAAUUAGCAGUUCGAACCAACCUGGCCCUGUGAGAAGCAGUAAAUGCCCCCAUGGUGGCGAUAAGUGCCAAUAAGCAUUUCUGAUAGCGAUCAAUGAGUCUUAAUAUCGCUAUGAGGGAAAUUUGACCCACUCUUCUUUGCAGAAUUUUUUUAAAUUUCAGCUGCAUUGGAGGGUUUUCAGACAUAAAUAGUAUAUUUUUGUCGUCAAGAGAUCAUACCAAGUUGUCCACAUUACACACAUCUUGCAUAACUUUGAUAACAAAUCAGAUUUCUUUUUUAAAAUAAAGUAGAACACCACGCAACAGAAAUAAUAGUAAUAAUAAAAAAGGUGGGCUAAAAGUAAUAAUAAUAUUUUGACCUAUCUUUUUAACUUACUGACAUGGUGGGUUAAUUGCAAUAUUCUACACAAUGAGAAGUUGAAGUUUUUAGGUCCAUUUGCGAGAAAACUGUGGCUGAUUGUUGGCGGCAUUUUUCUUCCAUCCUCAAAAAUAUUCUUCGUGUUUAAGCCGUAGUGAUGAGCAGUGUGUUUAAAGCUUUCUAAGCUGAUGUCAAUGAAUUUCUUCCUCCUCUGCUCUCUUGUCUAACCAGAUGACCACUUACCGUAUCACGUUUUAACCACUUCCUGUUUUUUUUACUUUGCCCGUCUGAAGCAUCAUGUUUUCUUACACCAGGUGGGAUUAUGUUUUCUCCUCAGAAGCAUCAAUGUUGGAAGAGUUAAAAGGCUUUUCCAAAUUUGGUGCAGUUCAUAAUUCUAUAGUGAAAAAUAUGUAUAUAUAUUCAAACUACAAUAUUUAAGAUGGAAACAGAGUGAACAAGGAUGGCAUAUUUGGAAGAGCUGCCAAUAGAAAUCCUCUUUUCUAUUAGAUACUGAUAUCAAUUUAAUAACGCCUCAGUGGCAGGCACUGCAUUUUACAUUCUGAAAAUGUUUAUUUAUUUAUUUAUAUAUUUUGGUUAAUUUUUUGAUUUUAUAUUUUCCAUGUUUGUUUAGUUUUUCUUGCUGAUGCAGGAAACAUGUGUAACAACAAUAUUUUUUUUAAAGUGAUUCUGUCCAGGCAGACUUUAUCACACUUUCAGCCACAUCUACAGCCGGAGCAGGUAACACCAGGCUGAGCACAUUAUUUUGUAAAUGUUGACACUUUAAUGCAAAGUUGGGGCUUUUAAUGGACUGUCAAUGCAACUUUGCAUUACAAGUGUCAUUAUUUACCGAAUGCCACUUCAUGACAACCGACUGCUUCGUGUUCAUGACAGCGUCAUGUCAGCCUUAUGCACACCCCGUCAAAUAAAGCGUUGCCAAGUACCGAUAUUUGAUUUUAAAUUAAAAAAAAUAAUUCAAA